AUGUCUAACACUGCUAACAAUCGUGAAACAUCUGAAAAAUCUUGUGACAGAGCAGUCAGUGGUGCCUCCAUAAAGAUUUUCACACCACCUUCCUACUGGCCUUAUGUAUACCAGCAGUAG